AAAAGGCAUGGGCAUUUACGGUAAUAUACAAUAUCCACCGGUUCAAAAACCCUAACUAUAAAGGCCGAGCCUUACAUAUCACCACACCCUGCGCCAUUAGGGUUUUCAAGAGUUGAGAAGCAGCUAAAGCCACUUUCUCUCAGUCGUCGGAGCCAUGUCUAAGAGAAGGACCAGGGAGCCCAAGGAAGAGAAUGUCACUCUUGGGCCUGCCACUAGGGAUGGAGAAUUAGUUUUCGGUGUUGCCCACAUCUUUGCCUCUUUCAAUGAUACCUUCAUUCAUGUGACUGAUUUAUCUGGAAGGGAAACCAUGGUUCGUAUUACAGGUGGUAUGAAGGUGAAGGCUGACAGGGAUGAAUCCUCUCCAUAUGCAGCCAUGCUUGCAGCACAAGAUGUUUCUCAAAGAUGCAAGGAACUUGGCAUCAAUGCUCUUCACAUUAAGCUCCGUGCUACUGGGGGCAACAAGACCAAGACUCCUGGACCUGGUGCGCAGUCUGCACUUAGAGCCCUCGCCCGUUCUGGCAUGAAGAUUGGUCGUAUUGAGGAUGUGACCCCGAUUCCAACUGACAGCACCAGGAGAAAGGGUGGUAGAAGGGGAAGGAGGCUGUAAUUCAUUGUCGUGGUCUGCAUAUUUGGAGUUGCUGUUGGGACAUUUUUCCAAGUUAACAUAUUUUACUCUUCCUAUUUAGCAUCGAACUAGUUUAAACAAGAAUUAUGUUGGUGUUUGAUUAUGUGGGACAUCGACCAAUUAUGAGAUAGUGAUUUUGCUGAAACAAGAUCAAGUAAUAGUGCCGAGUCUUUUAUAUGAA